UACUGGGAUACCAAUAUAUGCUGUUAGCUCAAUUUGUAGCUCCAAUAACAAUAUUGUAGCCCACAAGGAUCGAGACUAGUUAAAAAAAAAUAAUAAUAAUAAGGCUUCAAAGAAGCAUAAACAAGUUCUUAAUAAGCCCUCCUAUUAUGUAGGCAAAAUAUGCACUUCUCUCCCCUAGUUUGACACCAGGGAAAUGAUUUGCAAAGCCUAAAUGUAACACUCGAAUUUUUUGUUCUCAUAAAUUUAAAUUGUUGAAUAAGGUCUCCUAAUUGAAUAGAUUUAGUCAUUGAGUCAAUCACUCAUUAAUCCAGCCAUUUCCAAAAUGGCCAAAAUCAUAUAGACCUUUUUCCUAGACAGACUACACUCCCAAAAUAAUAUUUGAAUCUCAAUAAUGGUUUUUUUUUUUUUUUUAAGUGUAUUUGAAAACUCAAUUAUAGUUUACUUCUAGGAAAAAAUGAUCAGGGCUUAGCAUUAUCUUAGACCUAUAAAACUAUAUAGUUUAAACGAUUUGAAAAAUAUUGAAAUAUCAGAUAAUGGGUUACACAACGCAAUAUAUUAGGGGUGUCAAAUAGGUGGGCAUUAUUAGGUUGGGUGGGUUUGGGGUGGACAUUAUUGGGUUGGGUAUAUAAAACUCAUUUACACAUUAAAAUCCAUUUAACUAAUUGCUUCUAACCUAAAUCCAACCCAAUCCAAUUAUUAUGGAUAAACCCCAAUUCACCCAAUUACCCAAUUAUCAAAAUUAUCAACAUGCCAUUAAAGUGAAAAUGACCAUUUUGAAGCUUUGAAGCUGGAGGAUCUGGUGGCGUUGAUACUUCACACGGACUGUCAAAUUUCCUCUCUCUUUUCUCAACAGCCAACAAAGAUUAUGCUAAUUAAUGAGCGCAAUUAAAUCAAAGACUGAACAAUUUGUAUUACUCGGCUACUGCUCAACUUCCUUUUGAUCUAUUCGUUGCAUCGAUUACAAGAUACUCAAGUCAUUUACAUAUCGGUAAUUUGAACUUAAUUUCAAUUUUAUUUUUGAGGAAACGCACAAAGAAAUGAAAACUAGAAAAUUUUAAAUCAAUUUUCUUCUCUCUUUUUCUUAGUAGCCAAACAAAAAAUAUGCUACUUAAUGAGCACAAUGAAAUCAAAGACUGAACAACUUGUAUUACUUGGCUAUUGCUUGAUCUACUAUUGCUCUGUUCGUUUUACCAAUUCCAAAGAGGCUCAAAUCAUUUACACACCGUUAAUUGAAGUUAAUUUCAGUUUAAUUUCUAAGGAAAUGCACAAAAUAACUAAUUGUAGUAACCAACAGCCCACCCACUCGUAUUUAGUUCAUUGAGAGUUGAGAACGAGAGUUCUCCAUAUAGUUCUUUGUUCAUGGUAUAGUGGUAUACAACAGUAGCUGCCUACCAACCCUUAUCUGCUCACCCCAAAAAAAAAAAAAAAAAAAAAAAUCCCCUUACUGCAUCAUUUCAAGAGCUGGUUGGUAUGAAAGGCAUUUCAGAGUGUAUAUCAAAGUUAUUAAUAAGGAAGUCCGGGAAGAGAAGGUUAAACCAAUCUCAUUUAGUUUUUCCAUGCCGUCGAUUUUCACGCGCUGAGAUCAACAGAGCUACCAAUAACUUCGACGAUAAUUUAUUCAUUGGUGGGUCGAAUUUAUUCAUCGGUGGGUCGACUUGGGGGAAAGUAUACAAGGGGUUUAUUGAUGACCCUAAAAAUACAAUAAGCGUUGCAAUAAAGCGUGUGGAUAUCAAGUCAAUGCAGGAAUUUGACGAGUUAGUAAGGACCGAGGUGCUGGUGCUUUGCCAGCUACGCCACCCUAACAUUGUCCGUCUCAUCGGAUAUUGUUUCGAAGACGAACGAGACUGGUUCCUUGUGUACGAGUUCAUGGUCAAUGGAAACCUCGCGAGACACCUCUAUGCCACAAACCCCGACCCGGUCCCGUGGAAACGAAGACUACAGAUUUGCGUUGGAGUGGCGCGUGGGCUGCACUGCCUUCACACUGGGCUGAAGCAUACUAUCAUCCACGGUGACGUGAAGCCGAGCAAUAUUCUGUUGAACGAGAAAUGGGAGGCCAAGUUGUCAGAUUUCGGGUUAUCCAAGAUGGGUCCCCCGAGUUUGUCAAAGGCUUUAAUUAGGAUCGAAACUUAUAGAAUUGUGGGUACUUACGGUUACAUGGCUCCUGAGUAUGCCAUGAAUAUGGAGCUGACUGAUAAAUCCGACGUCUACUCUUUUGGUGUGCUACUGCUGGAACUCUUCUGUGGAAGGGAACCAAUUGCAGGGGAAGAACCGAUGGAUCUGGUUAGGUGGGCCCGAAAAUGCAAACGAGAAAGGAACAUCAAUGAGAUAAUUGAUCCAUAUCUGAUGGGGAAGAUAACUCCAGAGUGUUUUAUGGUAUACGUUGACAUUGCUACUUCUUGUGUGCGAAAUCGACCCGAACGUCGACCCACCAUGGGUGAAGUGCAGGUAUGCCUUGAACAUGCACUGGAGCUACAAGAGAGCGCAGAUGCUGCUGCUGGUGUCUGUAACUAUUGUGUUGAUGAAUAUACCUGUAAUGCUUCUUCGGGAGACGCUUCUCCAAUUGAUAUGGUGUGGGAAACAGCUUCAGAGAACACCACAUCUGCUGAAGAAUUGUCCUUGGAAACCGCCAUGCCAAACGGUCAAAUAUGAUUUACCACAAACAAUUCACAAGUAUGUGUUUUUCAGUUUUUGGAUUGGUUUUGUGUUUAUAUUGCCUUUUAUUACUGACGGAGUGUAUUGUCUUUGUACUUGCUGAGAAAAUGUGGCGAAAGAGACACAAACUUUUCCCUUACCUAAAGUUAUUGGGAUGGGGAAUUGAAUCUUGAUGUUUAAAUAGUGUGUUGCUAUAUUUUGUUUGUUCCUAUGCUAUGUAAUACUCCUUGUACUGAGUCGUUCACUAUGGAAUUCAUCACUAAUUUGAUAUUUUAUGA